AGCGCCGCACAGGUGUGUCGUGGGUUCACCCCUCUGGCUCUGCUGCCCUCGAGAUGUGGCGUUCCUCCGUGGAGGCUGCAGGCGUACAGGCAGGGAGCUCAAGGAAGCUGUUCUCCAGCUGGCACUGUCGAGGAUGGAUCCGUUUCUUCUCCCGAAAGUAACUUGCCUUCACCAGUAAAACAGGAACAAGCAAAAGCAGAAACAUUGCCCGACCUGAGUGCAAAGAUACUGUAUGAAGACUGGGAUGACAUCCCACCUUCAUCUGCUUUGGAGGAGAUUUCUGAGGAAGAAGCUGUACAGAUCAUUGCAGAACCACUUCUUCCCCUCCAGUCUUCCACACUCCGAGAUUAUGUUGAUCACUCGGAAACCCUGGCAAAACUUGUCCAACUAGGAGUUGACUUAUCCCAAGUGGAAAAACGUCAAAAGGCAGGUCAACUCUUACUGACCUUGGAUUUUGAAAAAGAUAUAAGAAAAAUACUUCUGUUUCUUAAGGAUGUAGGUGUAGAAGACAAUCAGCUGGGACCAUUCCUGACCAAAAAUCCAUACAUCCUUGGUGAAGAUCUGGAAGCUUUAGAAACCAGAGUGGCUUACCUAAAAUCAAAAAAAUUUGGUAAGACAGAAAUUGCUCAGAUGGUCUCAAGAGCUCCAUAUUUGCUGUUGUUUUCAGUGGAAAGACUGGAUAACAGACUGGGUUUCUUCAAAAAUGAACUUGGCCUCAGUGUAAAAAAGACAAAGGAUCUGGUAAUUCGUCUUCCAAGGCUACUGACUGGCAAAUUAGAGCCCGUAAAAGAAAAUCUUCAGGUUUGUCAGAUUGAACUUGGUUUUCAGCGUAAUGAAAUUCAACAGAUUGUGUUUAAAACCCCCAAGAUUUUAACUGCAAGUAAAAAGAGACUCAAGCAGACGUUUGACUACUUACACAACAUAAUGGGCAUUUCCCACCACAUGCUUAUUCGCUUUCCUCAGGUUUUCAACUCAAAGCUAUUACGAAUCAAAGAGAGACAUAUGUUUCUUACAUUCUUGGGAAGAGCUCAGUAUGACCCAGCAAAACCCAGCUACAUCUCUCUGGACCAGCUAGUAUCCUUGCCCGAUGAGGUGUUUUGUACAGAGAUUGCCAAAGCUUCUAUACAGGACUUUGAAAAAUUCUUAAAAACACUUUAAUUAGUAACACAUGUAAAAAGGAAUAGAAUAAAGUUAUUAAUAAACUUAUUUUAUAAAACUA